GAGAGCGGGGCUAGCGCCUCCCGCUCUUCCUUGCCGCCUCCCGGAAACGCGAAGGCACGCUUGCUCUAAUCGGCAGCCCCGAAGGGUCGCCCUUCAGCGGCGAAGGGGCUCGGUGGCCCCGCGGGGGGAGCGGCCGCCGCUGCCGUGACUCGGCUGUCCCAAGGGCGCGGGGGGACGCCGAGCCUUCCCCGGCGCGUGCCUCCCCCCGCCGGAGGGGAGCGAGAGCGGCGAGCCCGCCAGGAGCGCGCGCCGCGGCACCGGCGCCUACCGCCUGCCCACCGCCCAGAGGGUCGGGCAGGGGGCGGCCAGAGGCAGAGACCGCGAGUUACCGGCGGGGAAAGUUGAAAAGGCCUUGGGGAGACUCGGGGCAGGGAGCUGGCAGCAGGGUGACGGGCUGCCCUGCAGGAAGAGCGGGGAGAAGCUGCACCGGAGCGCCGGGAGAAGCUGGAGGAAAUUUCUGGCGGCGCGUCAGGGGAUCUAUUUAAAAGGAAAGCAAAAGCUACCGUGUGCACCCGCUGCUGGGAGAAAUACGGGAGAGGAGGGCACUGCGCACCAGCACCCCUGCCUGUUCUGGCCGAGGAUGGGGGAUCCUGCGCUCGGUUCUUCCCCAACAUGAUGGUAUACCAAAGCAGCUACACGUAGUAAACAGAUCCAUCAUGCGACGGAACGCAGGAAGCAUGUGCACCAACAUAGUCUACGAGUGGCUGAAGACCCUGCAGCUCCCCCAGUAUGCGGAGUCCUUCGUCGAUAAUGGCUACGACGACCUGGAGGUCUGCAAGCAGAUCGGAGAUCCAGACUUGGAUGCCAUCGGCGUUGCCGUGCCCCACCACCGCCGCCGGAUUCACGAGGCCGUGAGGCGGCUGAAGGAGGCGGAUGAGAGGACGGUGGGGCUGUACUUUACCUUGGAACCGCAACCGCCACCGCCGCCGCGGCCGGCGCCCCCCGUCUCCGGGCGCUGCCCUCGUCGGGUGUCUGGGCAGGAGGAGGCUCGGCGGGUGGCGGCCCCUCGGCACCGCCCCGGCGGCCGGCGCGGGGCGGCUGCCGGCGAGGGGCUGAUCGCCUACCCCAGGUUGAAGCUGAAGAUCAUGAUCCGAGACAAGCUCAUCCGCGACGGCAUCAACUUGAGUAAACCCCCGUACUCCAAUAAGAACGCUGGGGUUUUUUCCUUCAGUACAAGCCUUCUGCAGAAGAACUUCUGUGGAAGUUCUCACUUACUAGUGUAGCUACGUUUCUCACCCCCAUAGCUGCCUUUGACUUCUUCCUUUUGACUUUGUGUGCAUUCAUAGUCACCCAUUCCACCUAACCAAGUGGAUACUUUACCUUCUCUCUUCUACACCUCCCUCCUUCAUAGGAACUGUAACAUUUCUAAGAUACCAGCAUGUGACACUAAGGAAAUUAAAAUCUUUGGUGUUGAUUUCUUGUUUCAUUUACCUUAUUUUAAUUUGAUGGGUCUGAUAAUAGUGUAGAUUAACUUGCUCAUCUCAAACAGAAAGCAUCACUCUGUUUUAAUUGGUUUAGAUCUAAAUAUAACAUUUUGAAAUAGAGGAACUAAGCUUACUUUCCUGGUUUUAUUUCAGCCUGUCAUGUCAAUGUAUUUAUUUUGGAUGAUAAAUGCAUAUACAUCAUUUUGUUACAGUAAUAGAAUAACUUUCUCCAUCUCCUCAGUGUGAAUUACUUCACAUCAUAGCGUGCUGUAAGAAACCGUAAAGCAGACAAGAUUUGAGAGUCUGUUGCUCAACAUGUGUUAUUCUGAAUACCACCCACUGUGGCAAUCCAUCUCAGCAAUGGCUUAAAGGGAAUCACAAAAGAUCACGUCACUGUACAUUACUCAUUGGAUCUUGUUUAGAGGAAGAAAAAUUAAAUACUGGAUUCUUUUAUUUGAGAAAGAGCCUUAUUGUUACAGUGCCUAUCCCCACCACAAUGCAACCAAACAACCCAACUUCAGGACAUAAUGUAAGCAACCUAUAUUGUACUUUCUAUAUGGACUAUGCAAUGUACAGACUUUUGCAUGUCAAAAGAAACUGUGUGGAUUCUCUGCCUUGCAGAGGAUUAAAGAGUCGGCUCAAGGUUUGUGUCAAGUUUUUUGUAUGCCCUUACCACACAUCCAUCUAGAGAUGGUCCUGUGGCUAUUCUGGGGCAGGGCACCAGACACUGACCUAUUUGCCAUCUAUUUGAAUUUCUGGUGCUGCUGAGCUGCUAACUGGCCUUCCUUCCGUGGCUUACAGACAGAAUGCUGUCAUCUUCUCCUCUUAAAAUCUGUGAAUGGAAACUAGUAUCUAGGAAUGGAAAACAUGCCUGAAAACUGGAAGUCUUGCACCUCUGCCUUGUUUGUAGCCUUUUGCUAGCUUUUUGAGAUGUAGACCUACCAGAAGAUCAAAAAUGAGUAUCAGAUGUUGCUGUGGAGGGUUUAAAAGUAUCUUUUUGCUGUCCUUUCACUAUUGGUGGUGUGUUUUCAGAUAACAGGUGAUGUAACGGAGUGGGAAGGAUAGAAAUGUAUUGGCAUGAUAAAUUUUGGUUUAACUUAGUUUGAUUACAGUCGGCGUAAAUCACUAACAACGACUUAGAAGAACUUAAUAUAAGUAUCUUAAAGAUGUGCAAACUUUGAAUUGAAGCCAUUUGUGUGAGUGACAUCAGACAUGGAGAAUUAUCACAAGUCAUCUUGAUUAUUUCCAUUUCCACCUCCUGAAAUUGCAUCUCAUCGAUUUUUUUGGUAUAAACCAAAGAAUAUAACUGAGGAGAACUCUGCAGAAGUCAGAUUUUGUUCCAUGUUGGUAGUGCUCCUUAAUACUCAAAGCCUUCUGUUUUAGUCUCACACCUGCUGUUGCUGGCUGGUAGCCUUAGAAGUCUCAUGUAUCUCAGAAACUUCUUGUGGAGGUGAUGGACCUGAAUGCCCUUCAAACAAGGUCCUGUAAUACCUCUCCAAGUUGAGUGAAACAUCUGUGUCAUUCUCAAAGCUUAAAAAAAAGUUAUCCUUGAUAGUUGUAAUUCUGUCCUCAAAUAGGAACUUAAUUAGGAAUAGUAUUUAUAUCAUUUUGCCAUGUAGAAGUUAUGGGAGAUGAACAGAUGGCAGAAGGGAACCAAAUCGAAUACCCCUCUGAGUUGCAGGGAAGAUGAAUGAGGGAAAGCACAGCACUGAUCUGAACCAGCCAGAUCUGUAGAAGUAGAGCCUUUUCCUCCAUAUGGAGAUGCUUCUUGCCUUGGUGGGCUUGUUGCAAGACAGAUUAUGUCCAUGCUGGGUUUGGGCAUUAGUACUUUCACUAAUGUCACUGUGACAGGAAAAGCAAAGGAGCACAAAUAUUGUCAAUAUAAAGACAAGCAGGGUACCUUGUUGUGGAACAUGCCAAGAGAAAUUAAGUAUUCUAUUUAUCUUCAAUAUAGAUUAAGUGACAUUUAAUUGUUUACUUGAAUUCCAUUACUAUUUCUAAUUGAAAUAAAUGGCCUCACCUAUUUCUUCAGGAACUUUAUUCAAUUAUUUUUUUA